GCGCUUCCCGCCGCUCCCGGAGCAGUUACCGGGAGAGAGGAGCCGCCGGAGCCCUCGGCAGCCGCCGGAGCCCCGCUCCCGGCAGGAGUCAGUUCUAAACACAUUUCCCGUGCAAGAGGUCAGUUCAGACCCAAGAGCCAAAGGAGUGCCUUCUGCAUGUUUGAAUUGCCGCUGCCUACAGACAGACUGUUGGUAAAAGUAAUUUGACACCUUCCAGUCACAGGACACACCGAGAGCAGAGCACACAGGCCCAGCCAAUACUGCAUAACUCCAUUUUAAGCACAUCAAGUCAAUCUUACUGCUGAGUGACAUAUUUCUUGCCAAGAUAAACCUGCCUGGGGAUCCUCGCGGAGAGCUUGUUGGCAGCAAUGGUCAGUCGUGGCUUCUGAGCUCCCACUCCUGUGUUUCCAUCAGAUUUGUUGUCUGGAAGUUCUGUAGGGUCAGUGUGGGGCAGCACAGGGAGUAUUUCAGUGCCCACUGAAACCAAUUUGUUUGGUUCCGCAGUGAUCCCGUGCCGUGAUACCACCGCCGCCCUGCUCUGGGGACUCUUUCCACCAUGACCUCCUUCGAGGAAGCCGAAACAGAGGAGACAGUGACGUGCCUCCACCUGACCUUCUACCACCCUGGGCAGGAGGAGAAGAUGAUGUUCCGCUGCCUGAACUUCCGCAAGCGCGAGCAGGUGAGGGCGGACGACGCGGCCAAGUUCGGCCGCGACUCCAGCGUGUGCCGCUACAGCCUGCUGGACACGCGCGUCUCCCGCAUCCAGUUCUCCCUGCACUUCUACAGGAAGCUCCACACCUCGGAGUGCGGCUUUGAGAUCAAGAACCUGAGCAAGAAAACAAAGCUGACUGUCAACCAGACAGAGCUGGGCCACUUGAACAAAAUCGACCUGCCCUGGAAGUGCAUCAUCUGCUUUGGGGACUACCAGAUCCUUGCAGAGGUUCAGGAAGGGGAGUCCGUGGAUUAUUUUGAGACUCACUUGCACUUGGCUGAAGCACCCAUCUUACAGGAAAGGUGCCUGCCAUGCCUGCCGUCCCUGCAGCCUAUACCUGAGAAUGGCAUUUCUCCUUCCUUAUUUCUUCCCCAAGGCAAAAGCCCCACAGAGAUUGAUGAAAAUGAGCUGUGCUAGCGGGGAGGAGGAGGCUGGAUCAGGUUCCAGCGUGGACAGCUCUUACCUCAGUCCAGUGUUCUUGGUGGUGCUUACUGACUGCUGCACGUCGGUCUUCUUUACUUGGUGUUUCCAGCACAGGCAUUCCAGAGCACUGUUCCACAGAAAUGGAUUCCUGCCACUGCCUCCACUGAGGCCUGAGGACUCUCUGGUGCCCAGAAAGGUGUGGGAGAGAGGGUGGCACUCAAAUCCAUGGCAGCAGGGUCAAUCCCAGAACCCUGCCUAAGUGCCUUGAUGGGAUAUUUAACAGGCAUUAAUACAGAGCAUGCACAGCAGGGUUUUGAUCCCAGACAAGGGGUGGCACAACAUCUUGUUGCAUGUUAUACUUUGUGCUUUGCUUUGUGCACCAAAUUCCAAACAGGAUUUGCAAGCCUAGGUUGUAACUUCACAGAUUUUGCAACUUCGAAACACUUUGCCCCUUUAAGUUUAUGUUUUUAUUAGCUUCAAAGCAAGGUUUGUUUUUUAUUUUUACUUAUUUAAUUAACACAUAUAUUUUUGCAAGUUUAACUUUUUGCAAGUUAAUACUUUUGCUUGUCAUGUAGACAAAUAUGUAGCAUCAAUGAUCAUGGUCUAUAAAAAUCCACAUUAAUUUUGUAAUAAAAGCAUUUUGUUCCCUAGUAAGGAUUUGCAGGAAUUUUUGGAAAAUAAAAUUAUUUCCAGGACCAUCCAGAUAAGAGACUGUCACUAUUCUGGGAUUGCUCCAAGGUAAGAAUUUACUUACUUUCAGGAAGUUUUCUACCUCUACCCCUCUACCCAAAUCCCUCUAAUAAUUUUCUUGUCUUUUAAGUAUUUCUCAGGUUGUUUUACUCAAGUUUCUCUUUGUCAGCUUUUCAUUGGCAUUUGGCAUUUUUAUUUUGUCACGUGUAUUAGUUUGCUUGAAAGACGCACUGGGAAGAAUAGGAGUUACCCAUUUUAUCAUCCCUAAUUAUUACAAUGCAUUUCAGCAUUAAUCAUUCCAAGAAAACCAUAAUUAUUACUGAGGGGAGGAACAGCUGAGAUUAAGGCAACCAACCACAAGCGUGAGAAAGCCUUAGGAGAGGCAAUGAAACUCAAACACAGCCUUAUGCAGGAUUUGUCUAUUCAUUUCCUCCUUGACAAAAUUACUUUGUUGCCAUGUUUUCCACUCUUGGAACGAGGCUGUGGUUUCCAAACAGUGACUUGCACAGCUCUAUUCACCUGAGGUAAGAAUCAGCCAUGUAAAAUGUACAUUAAAAAAUGAAUUGCCUCCUAUCACUACAUUGAUUCGACCAGCACAAGUUAAUUUACACAUGGAAGGUUGUUUUACUUUUGAAGUGGGAGGGUACAGCUGCUCCUUUCCAACAGAAGGGCUCCGUGCUCCAAAUUCCUCAGGUCUUCUGUUACUGCAGCUUGUUUAGAGCUUCCCUUCCAAAGCAACAG